GAAGCCCUCUCCGCAUUUGGCUCCUCCGAACACCAGGGGCCGCUGUAGGCAUCUCUUACGGGUGGCGGCCUCUCCUUCCGUCUUUUCAUUUCCUCUCCGUUUGUUUUCUGGGAAUGUCGCCGUUUAGCCCGUGAGGGAUCGUAUCACCACGAGAAGGCGGCUGUUCUGUUUCUCCGAGCAGGGCCGCCAUGGGCCGGGAGUCCAGAUCAACAAAGCAACAGUUGUCCAAACAAAAACAGCAUUAUCGAAAGCGCUCCUCAUCACGAGGGCGCUCUGGUAGCCGUUCUAGGAGUCGUUCUCCAUCUGACAAAAGAGCAAAACGUGGAGAUGAUAGACGUUCUAGAAGUAGGGACAGAGAUCGCAGACGUGAGAGAUCACGCAGCAGAGACAAGAGGAGAUCUCGGUCACGUGACAGGAAACGUGUCAGGCGUUCAAGAAGUAGGGAGAGGGAGCGGAGUAGAGAAAGGAGACGAUCGCGGAGUAGAGAGAGGAGACGAUCCAGAAGUCGAAGCAGGGGGAGGCGAUCCCGAUCUUCUAGCCCUGGCAAGAACAAGAAAGUAGAAAACAGAUCACGAUCUAAAGAGAAAGUAGAAGGAGUGGAAGUUACAAAGGAGAAGAAAAAGGAGAAAGAAGACAAAGAAGAAGAAAAGGAGAAAGAUGUUAACAAUUUUGAUCAGAACAAACUGGAAGAGGAAAUGAGAAAACGAAAAGAGAGAGUGGAGAAAUGGAGAGAAGAACAACGCAAGAAAGCAAUGGAAAAUAUAGGAGAACUGAAAAAAGAAAUUGAAGAAAUGAAGCAAGGAAAGAAAUGGAGUUUAGAAGAUGAUGAUGAUGAUGAUGAGGAAACUGCAGAAGGGGAGAAGGAAGGUAAUGAGAUUGAAGAUGAAGAAUUGGAUCCAUUAGAUGCAUACAUGGAAGAAGUCAAAGAGGAGGUCAAGAAAUUUAAUAUGAGAAGUGUAAAAGGUGGAGGUGGAAGUGAAAAAAAAACUGGACCAACAGUUACUAAAGUAGUUACUGUGGUUAAAACCAAAAAAGCGUCUCCAGAGACAGAAAAGAAAAAAGGAGAGCUCAUGGUGAAUGACCAAGAUGCAAUGGAGUAUUCCUCUGAAGAGGAAGAAGUUGACCUUCAGACUGCAUUAACAGGCUAUCAGACCAAACAUAGGAAACUGCUGGAACCAGUUGAUCAUGGGAAGAUUGAAUAUGAGCCCUACAGGAAAAACUUCUAUGUUGAAGUUCCAGAACUAGCUAAAAUGACUCAAGAAGAGGUGAAUGCAUAUAGGCUGGAAAUGGAAGGAAUUACUGUCAAAGGUAAAGGAUGCCCUAAACCAAUCAAAACUUGGGUGCAGUGUGGCAUUUCUAUGAAAAUACUGAAUUCCCUGAAAAAGCAUGGUUAUGAAAAACCUACCCCCAUCCAAGCUCAGGCUAUACCUGCAAUUAUGAAUGGACGUGAUUUAAUCGGAAUAGCUAAAACAGGAAGUGGGAAGACUAUUGCUUUUCUGUUGCCCAUGUUCAGGCACAUUAUGGAUCAGAGGCCAUUAGAAGAAGGAGAAGGUCCAAUAGCUGUCAUCAUGACUCCUACUCGAGAGCUGGCUUUACAAAUUACAAAAGAGUGUAAGAAGUUCUCAAAGACACUUGGGCUUCGAGUUGUAUGUGUAUAUGGAGGAACAGGAAUAAGUGAACAGAUUGCUGAACUGAAAAGAGGUGCUGAAAUAAUUGUUUGCACACCUGGCCGUAUGAUUGACAUGUUAGCAGCUAAUAAUGGUCGGGUGACAAAUCUUCGUAGAGUGACAUAUGUUGUCCUUGAUGAAGCUGAUAGAAUGUUUGACAUGGGUUUUGAGCCUCAGGUAAUGCGCAUUGUAGACAAUGUAAGACCUGAUCGCCAGACUGUUAUGUUCUCUGCUACCUUCCCUAGAGCUAUGGAGGCUUUAGCUCGUCGAAUAUUAAGCAAGCCAAUUGAGGUCCAAGUUGGUGGCAGGAGCGUUGUCUGUUCUGAUGUAGAACAGAAAGUGAUUGUCAUAGAGGAAGAGAACAAAUUCUUGAAGUUGCUUGAACUCCUGGGACAUUAUCAAGAAAAAGGAGCUGUCAUCAUAUUUGUAGAUAAACAAGAACAUGCCGAUGGAUUGCUGAAAGACUUAAUGAGAGCCUCUUAUCCUUGCCUGUCACUUCAUGGAGGUAUUGAUCAGUAUGAUAGAGACAGCAUAAUCAAUGAUUUUAAAAGUGGAGUCUGCAAACUUCUUGUAGCCACAUCUGUAGCAGCCCGAGGCCUUGAUGUAAAACACCUUGUGCUUGUAGUCAACUACAGUUGUCCCAAUCAUUAUGAGGAUUACGUACACAGGGCAGGCAGAACUGGACGAGCAGGCAACAAAGGAUAUGCAUAUACUUUCAUUACUGAAGAUCAAGCACGAUACGCAGGUGAUAUAAUUAAAGCUCUGGAGUUGUCAAGUACUCCAGUUCCAGCAGAGUUGGAGAAACUUUGGAAUGAUUUCAAAGAUCAACAGAAGGCUGAGGGAAAGACAAUUAAAAAGAGCAGUGGUUUCUCUGGCAAAGGGUUCAAAUUUGAUGAAACAGAAGAGGCUUUGGCUAAUGAGCGAAAGAAAUUACAAAAAGCAGCACUUGGCUUGCAAGACUCUGAUGAUGAGGAUACAGCAGUUGAUAUUGAUGAACAGAUUGAAAGCAUGUUCAAUUCAAAGAAGAGAGUGAAGGACAUGGCAGCACCAGGCGGAACAUCUAAUGUUCCUGCCCCAACUGCUGGAAAUGCAGAAAAAUUAGAAAUUGCUAAGAGGUUGGCAUUGAGAAUCAAUGCACAAAAGAAUCUUGGAGCCGAGGCACAAGUAUUGGUCUCUUUUCAAUUUAAGGAUGUGAUGCAGCAAGCAACAAAUGCUAUCCUGAGAGGUGGUACAAUUCAAGCUCCAACUGUGUCUGCAAAAACCAUAGCUGAGCAGCUGGCUGAGAAGAUCAAUGCCAAGCUCAAUUAUGUGCCGAUAGAGAAACAAGAGGAGGAAAAACAGGAAGGGGGACAAAAUGAGUCUUUUAAGAGAUAUGAGGAAGAAUUGGAGAUCAAUGACUUCCCACAGACUGCUAGGUGGAAAGUAACAUCAAAGGAAGCCCUGCACAGAAUAAGUGAAUAUUCUGAAGCUGCCAUUACCAUCAGAGGAACAUAUUUUCCUCCAGGCAAAGAGCCCAAGGAGGGAGAACGAAAAAUUUACUUGGCUAUAGAGAGUGCAAAUGAAUUAGCUGUGCAGAAAGCAAAAGCAGAAAUCACUAGACUCAUCAAAGAAGAGCUCAUCAGAUUGCAAAAUUCAUACCAACCAACCAACAAAGGAAGAUACAAAGUUUUAUAAAUGCUUGGAGUAAAUCUAUCAGUUGCUGAUCUGUGGAUGUUUGUGGCUUCUCUUUACCUUUAUUUACCCUGCUUAUUGUAAAUUCAGUUUUUAAAAAGAAUAUUGUUAUGCUGGAUUUUUUAAAAAAAAUCAGAAUUGCUUUGUCAGGGGAUCUUUGUUUUUUGUACAGAGGAGAACGAGUUUGGUAGGGCUUGAUUCUUUAAAAUAUUGUAUGCUUCCAUCCUACUUAUAUUGAAUAAAAUCCAUUAUAAUUUUCCUAGAAAACUGUGAUACAGCCUCAGUUUGGAAAAGCUUGACAUGUGGUUGGAAGUUAUAGUACUUUUUAGUUCACAGUUUGGAGUCAUGAAACAAAUGUUUUAAAACCAUGACUGAAUUUUCCUGAUUACCUUUUCCCUGAUGCUUUCCUCAGUGUAAAAAUUCCCAAUAAGAUAAGUAAGAGCCUGUGAUCCACUAGAACAGCCCAAAUACAAGUUCUGCAAAAUGAGAGUUAGGGCUGUACUUAAUAUGGCAGGAUAUUUAUGACUGAUUGCCAGUUUGUUUAAGGACUGAGUAAGGGGAGGGGAAUUGCUCGUUUGAUCCAAGGAAGCAACAAGAAGGGUUAGUAACUCAUCGCUCUCACACAUGUCACUCUUCUCAUCUUAAUAGUGCCAUUCUAAGCAGAGUUGCACCGUUGACGUCAGUGGACUUAGAAGGUGAUAAUUUGAUAUACGAUUGCACUGUUAAUUAUUUGCCAGCUGCUACUUACUCCAGUGGGGGGGCAUGAUAAUCUGUACCUGAUUCUCCCCCCUCCCAAAUAGAAAGAAAACAGUUUUGGGGUUGGGAAUAUCGUUUUGGGGUGGGGAAAAUCUUAAUCACCAUGUUCUCAUUCACAUUAGCAAUGUCCCAUCCAGUACUUUAGCUAAUUUUAAAGUCAUGAGAUCAGUCUUUGAUCUCCAAGUAUAAUAUAUAGUUUGGCCAUUAGAGUAGCUUUCUAUAAAUGUCUAAUCUUGGGCUUUUAUCCAUAAAUUAUGAAUUUAUUAUUUAAUAGAAAAAUGCACUUUUAUAACAUGAGAAACCUUUCAUAAGAGAAGUACAUAUAGGCUUAUAGUGCAUGUAUGUUUAUAUGUGUACAUUCUUUUUUCUCUGUAGUAUUAGAAGAGAAAAGUUAGCCAUUUCCCAUGUUGGUCAUAGACUGUACUGGAAUAUAGUAGCACAUUUUUUAUAUUAUGUCCUGGGGACACUUAUUGGGGAAUCAGUUCCACCGAUUUCAGAUUGAAGCCUGUCUCUUCCUGGUUCACACUCCUGUUUCUUACAGAAACUCAAAAGGAAGCAUUAUUUUCAGAUUCUUGUAAUUUUGGUUGAAUACAAUUUGAUCAGCGAUGGUGUAUUAAAAUAAUGGCAGUUACUACUGGAGUGAAAAGUUAUUCAUUGUUAAAAACAUCUUGUGAAAAGGUGUGUUGCUGUGGGACAAAAGCUUAGUUUUAAAUCUACAAACUAUGUUACCUUAAUAAUAGGGUUUUAGACUUAACAAAUGUCAAAACAAACUCAUGGACUUUGUUUUUGGUAAAUGUAUAACAAGAUUUAACUUUAAAUACCUUGGGACUUUUCUUAUGUUACUUAUCAGGCUUCCUUACAUAUUCUUUUAAAAUUUAUUUUUUACUUUUAGACUAAUAUUAUCUUGUUAUGCAGUGGGACUGUGGCUUUUUAAAAGCACUUUCAAGGAGUCCUAAAAUUCAUUGAGUGGUGGGGUAGGAGAAAAAGGCAUGGUUUUGGGUUGAAAUGUUUUAUGCUUGUACUUGAGAAAGGCCUGAUGGAGUCAUUUCAAGGUAGACAAAAUUGAUCUCCUGCUUGUAAUUUUUAGUUUUAGAAUGAAUGCAGGGUCUUUGUAAAGAAUAACAUCACUAUAUAAAUGUUUUCUAAAUUCCUCAU